CUCUGUGGUGUCGUCAUACAAAAACUUGUUCCAAAUUUGUUUUUUAAUAAUUUGACAAAUCAGUCACUCAGUUUGUUUUGCCAGAACGUCACUUAUCAAUUUUAUUGGAUAAAUUUUCAAUUGUGACUGGUUAGGUUUUUUAAUUGAAUUUAUUUAUUCUUGAAAUAUCAUGGCAGGAUCACCUUUGCGUCGUUUAAUGGCGGAAUACAAACAAUUGACCCUCAAUCCCCCUGAAGGGAUCAUAGCUGGACCAACAGGUCCUGAAGGAACAUGCUUUGAAGGUGGAGUUUUUCCUGCUAGACUAGUAUUUCCUCCAGAUUAUCCUUUAAGUCCACCAAAAAUGCAAUUUACAUGUGAAAUGUUUCAUCCCAACAUCUAUCCAGAUGGACGUGUCUGCAUUUCAAUUUUACAUGCUCCUGGAGAUGAUCCAAUGGGCUAUGAAUCAUCUGCUGAACGUUGGUCUCCAGUGCAAAGUGUUGAGAAAGUUUUACUCUCAGUCAUUUCAAUGUUAGCUGAGCCCAAUGAAGAAUCUGGAGCGAAUGUUGAUGCUGCUAAGAUGUGGCGUGAAGAUAGGAAUCAAUUUUAUGCGAUUGCUGAUAAACUAGUUUGCAAGUCUUUGAAUAUUCCAGUGUAAAUUGUUCAACUUAUACAACCUGCUUGUCAUUUAUAUCGUUAAAAUUUAAGAAAUCUUCAACUUUUUCGUCAAUAUUGGACUUUUCUUUGACUACACUCCACUAUUCUCUUAAGGCAACGUUUUUUACUCUUUCUUUCUCGACUAUCUCUUACUUUCCCUCUUACUUUUUUAGAAGAAAGGUUUCCUUAAGAGGGUAGUGGUGUGUACUCUCAGAGAAACACUCAUUGGAGCUACGAAAUAGUCUUCCAUCUUUUCUUUAGCAUUCGCCAUCACAGCAAUCUUGUCCUGUGGUUCAGAUUUGUCUUCUUGAAGAUACAUUUUCCACCUUCGUCAAGAUGAUACAAUGGUUUCCACAUCGUCACGUUCACUCCAUCCAAAAUUGAAGCAUAAUUUGAUGGACUUCUUCUACUCGCGAAUAAGGACAGUUAAAAUGUCUACCACAAUAAAAGUAAGGCAUUCGGAUGAGGAUUAUCAUGAGAUUACAAUUGAUUGGGCAAAUGAAAGUUUCGAUUACAGGAAACAAUUGUUCCAUCAGUUAUCAGCAUUCACAGGCAUACCAUUCAAAUAUCAAGCGUAUGUUGCAGUGGAAACUAAUGAAAGAACAUCUGUCGAUUUGCACAACAUUGAAUUCUAUGAUGAACUCUUCUUUAGAUGAUAAAGAGCUUGCAAUGGAGCAAAUUCAGGAUGGCGCUUGUUAUUUUUUAAAAACACAUUUAGGCCUCUUCUAUCCUAAUCUCGCCAGUAUUUUCUGCGUCUAUCAACUGAUUCAUCGUGAUCUGGUCAAUGAAAAUGACUGCAACUUCUAUUAUUGUCACUCUUUGGGUAGUCGUUUCUUCACGAAGAAAUUUUCAGAGAUGAUAAAAUCCGAACACUUGCAGACACUUCUGGAUCGAAGACGUGAGGGACAAACAUGGGAAAGUUUAACAAGAAUUAAAUUAAAUCUGAAUAUUGAGCACCUUACUGACCUAUCAUGCCAUCGAUAUUUCGAAUCUUUAGGACAAUUUGAAUUUCCGUUCUCUAAUGACUAUUUGCGUUAUCGAGGUUGAUUAAAAAGCUUUUGCAGUUCAUUAUCAAUCAAAUAAACUGACUAUCAACUUUUUGCAUUAAAAGAUGAAAAUUUCAAAAACAUUUAACUAAAUGGUGAAUUAAAGUGUGGAAUCAGAUAAAUAGAAGAGUAUAUUUGAUGAUUAUAUUAUAUUUUGUUUUCAAUAAAAUUACAUUUUGCUGAUGAA